ACUCUCUUAGCAAGUAAUCUCCGUCGAAAUUAUGAGCAGAGAUUUAUCCAGUAAGAAGUGUAAGAUCUCUGCUCACACAUGCGUUUUCUGGGACGUCGAGGAUUUCCAGGUCCCUGAUGGUCACGAUCCUGAUUGGGUUUAUCAGAAAAUCAAAUCAGCUCUUGCGAAAAAGGGUUAUCGUGGUAUUGUGGAAAUUAAGGCUUAUGGUGAGAAGAACAAGAUCCGGGAUGAGUUUCUACUUGCCGGAACCAUUGUUGUACCCGAAGGAGAUAAAUGUGCGAGAGUUUAUAGGAUGAUGAGCGACGUUCUUUUCUGGGCAUUGGACAAUCCUUCAGAUUAUCCUGUACUACUGCCAAAUGUGAUGGUUAUCUCCAAAAACAUCUCACAAGAGGAGGGUUUCCUCAGGGUUCUUCGAAUUUUGCAAUGUAGAGGUUACAACAUUCUCUUAGCAGAUUCUGAUUAUGAUGUCGCAUCACAAAAUGAGCUUCACUUUGUUAGCUCUUUAUGGCUUUGGAAAAGCCUAGUAGAUGGAGGAAAACCUAUCGACCAAACCGGAAGCUCACAAUCUGAUGACAAUAAGGAGUAAGUAGCGCAAGAACGAAAGUAGCUAGCUACACUUUUAUUUAAAUGAUCCCUUGUUUUUUUUGUCUUUAACUCUCUGAAGAGUCUUUGGGUUGUGUGUAUGAUAAAAACAUUGACAUUUCAUCUUGUUCUCUGUAUUGGGUUCAAAUGCUCUGCUCGUCCUAAUGAAUUGUUCAAUUUCUC